AUUGAGUUGCUUUUACAAAACGUUGAAAAAAACCUUUAGCUUUAAAAUUUUACGUUUAGUUUACUUUUGCUAGAUCAUGGAUGAUUUUGAUUUUGGCACGCCACCGCCGGAAGAGCGCGUUACCAUACAAAGGACACACUCGCUGAACGCUGAGCAGGAAAAAGAUUUAACGGAAGCAUUUUCGCUAUUUGAUCAAGAGGGCACGGGCGUUAUACCCAUUAAGCAGUUGGGCGAGCUUAUGCAUGCCGUUGCGCAUAAUCCACCAGAGCAUGAGAUGCAAGAACUGUUUGCUGAAUACGAUCCCUAUAACACUGAGGAGAUCAGCCUCAAUGACUUUCUGCAUAUUAUGAGCGAGCGCUACAAGGAGCAGACACCUGAGGAUGAAGUCAUCUUGGCCUUCAAGGUGUUUGACAAAGAACAAAGCGGUUUCAUACAUGAGAACGAGUUGCGCCAAAUUAUGACAACCUACGGCGAUGUGAUGGACGAAGACGAAGUCGAGCAAUUUAUAUUGGACGGCAACUCUAACACUGAGUGCAAAGUAAACUUUGCCGAGUUUGUCAUGAUGAUGGCCGAACGUUAAGCAUAAGCAGGCGUCCACACUUA